GUGCGGCAGCGGAGGGUGCCCCGGUGGGGUGCAGCGGAAGAGGGGGUUUGGAGGGGAGAACUUCGUAGCAGUCAUCCUUUUUAGGAAAGGAGGGAAAAAUAAAACCCUCCCCUCACGGCUUUACCCCCACCCCUUCACCAGCACCACCACACACAGCGAGGUCUCCUCUCGUGGAGCACACCGUGGUGUCUACGCUUUCUGCCUUCAUUUACCAAGCAGCUUUUUGGAAAAUGUCUUUUCUGUCCGGAGUUUAAUCAGAAGGGGAUUUUUUUUUUGACUCUUCCAUCUUUUUUUUUUUCCUUCUCUCCUCUCUCUUUUAAAUGGAGACGUGAAGCAGUCAUUGGAAUAGAGAUCAAUGCCUGUACGCGCGCGCGUGUGUGCGUGUGUAAAUUGCACAGGGAAAACCACAGGACUUCUGCAAAAUACUGGAUUGAAAAUUGUAAUUCAUCUGCUGCCGCCGCCGUCGCUGCCUUUUUCUUUCUUUCUUUCUCCCCCCUCCUUUUUGCUCCUGGAUUCUCCGAUUGGGGUUUCUAGGGUUUGACAUUUCUUUGGAGAUGUCUGAAACAGAAGUCUGGGAAUUAAUUUGGAAAUCCUUCUAAUUUUUUCCAACUCCUGAUUCAUUUGGAAGUUUCAAAGCAAAUAUAACUUGAAAGUCCUGAAGAUUUGUGGGAUUUUUCCCCCCUUAUGAGCUUGUUCUGUUUUCACAAAAAGGAAACUUGACAGAGGAGCGUACAGUACUUAGAAUACAACAUCACCGAGGAAAAUAGAAUAAAAUAAUCUAAAUAAUAACAAUAGCGUGCCUCAUGAAAUAAAAAAGAUACAAAAAGGAAUUUAAAUCAUAAAAAUACUGUGCAUCUCAUACCAAGGGGGAAACACCAGGAAGAAUAAAAUAUUUCAGAGACAAGACUCCCCCAGAGUCAAGAAAUGAAAAGCACAUCCAAUAAAAUAACUGGAUUAUAAUUAUUAUUCUGUAUUUUGGGGGGUGUGGGUGGGAGAGGGAAUAAGUGGUUGUUGUCACCAUUUGGCCGCUUCCCUUGUAUUCACUACUCCCUUCUUUGGGAACGAUGGCUCACCCUGGAAGAAGAGGGUACGAUAAUCGGGAGAUAGUGAUGAAGUACAUUCAUUAUAAGUUGUCACAGAGAGGGUACGAGUGGGAUGCUGGAAAUCUGAGGGCACCAGCCUCUCCAAGCCUUCCUUCUGUUGUUGCUUCUGCCCCUGCUGUUGGGGUCUUCUCUACCCAGCCAAGACAUACACCUCUGCCUGCUGAACCCCAGGACUUGGCCACUUCUACGACUGCUGCUGCUAGAAACUCACCUUUGCCUCCUCCUCCUGCCGUUGCUGCUGCUACUGCUGCCGCUGGACCUGCUGUCAGUCCAGUGCCACCUGUGGUCCACCUGACCCUUCGUCAAGCUGGAGAUGAUUUCUCUCGAAGGUACCGGAGAGACUUUGAUGAAAUGUCAGGUCAGCUGCACCUGACCCCUGUUACUGCUAGGGGACGCUUUGCCACAGUGGUGGAGGAGUUGUUCAGGGAUGGGGUGAACUGGGGGCGGAUCGUGGCCUUCUUUGAAUUUGGUGGUGUCAUGUGUGUGGAGAGCGUCAACCGGGAGAUGUCGCCCCUGGUGGACAGCAUUGCCCUGUGGAUGACUGAGUACCUGAACCGGCACCUGCACAACUGGAUCCAGGAUAAUGGAGGAUGGGAUGCCUUUGUGGAAUUGUAUGGCAACAGCAUGAGGCCUUUGUUUGAUUUCUCCUGGCUGUCUCUGAAGACUCUGCUCAGCCUGGCUCUGGUGGGAGCUUGCAUCACUCUCGGUGCCUACCUGGGACACAAAUGAAUCAGCAAACAUGCAGUGGAUAGAUAUGCAAAAGGCUCACUAAACUGUAGAAAUAGUAUGCAUUUUUUUCAGUGCUCCAUAAUGAAAUUUGGGUGUAGUCUCUUUAAGAGAAGAAAAAAGGAAAACAUUGGAGGAAAAAAAAAAACUUCUGGGCAAAAUAUUAAAUCAGCUAUUUACUGCCAAAGGGAAAUAUCAUUUAUUUUUACAUUAUUAAAAAUUAUUUAUUUAAGACAUUUACAUUUAACCUCCUGUCUUCAGAAACUCUGCCACUCACAGCAAAGUAACAUUUACUAUGGCUCCACACGGAAUCUCCUGUGCCUAUAAACGCUGAUUUGUUUUAGACGGAGUUGGCUGGAUUGGCUCAAUCUCCGAGGAACAAACAAACUGACAAAGGACCUUACUGUCGGGGAGCGCUUUUUUAGGCUGCUUGAGGUUAGGGAGGUGGGCUGCAUUUUAUGUGCAUUUAUUUGCCCUGAAUCGAAGUAGAAUUUUUUCCUGCUGGGAAAAACAGACACUUUGCGUAUGAUUUGCAUGGUGCACACAUGGUCCAAGGGGUGAAAAAGGAAACCUUGGGGCAGACUUACGAUCCAUUAAGAUUCUCCACAUUUCUUCCGCCUCCCCAGGACAGCUAUGGGAAAUAUAAUCUUAAACCACAAAUGAAAGUAUUUUUUUAAGCUACCAAUUGUGCCGAGACAGCCUUUUAACAAUUAAGACAAUAUCAUCCAAUACCUUAAACGCUGAUUUGUCUAUUUAGAUACUCAGAGAUGCGUCAGUCCAAAUACUCCCUUUCUGAGUAGGAAACUGGCUCCUUGGAAACGUCAAGAAAUCAACAUGUCAGUGAUUUCUUCUGCAUCAGGGUGUUUUUUUGAGCUACUCACACAGAAACAUCAGGACACCAUAAGUGCCUGUUUCUCCGGGGUGAGACUGCAGCUUGCAGGCCUGUCUUGUGUCCCAACUAAGUGGGCUCGUUCUGGAACCAAGCCCAUGCAGGCACUGGCCUCCAUGAGGGUUUCUAAACAGUGCAGUGUGGUCUCUGAAUCUUUGAAAGUUAGCAAAGUUUUGAAUUCCAUUGGCAAAUAAAAGAAACAUUUUUCCAUUCAAGAAAGAACUCUAAGUGGGGCUCUGCUAGGGCCUGUUUAUCAAAUUGGAGAUAAUGAAAUCAAUUUAGGCUCAUUUUUCCAAUUUAAAGUAGAGCUUUGGGAUGAAAACGUUUUUUUUUUCCCCGUGUUGGUCAUUUCUUAAGAUUGCCGGUGAAGAAGAAAAGGCUCACAAAGUCACCACCCAGAUCAUCUUGACAGCUUCAGAAAACUGCUUCAGUCCAGAAGUCAAAAAAGGGAGAGAGAGAGGGAGACAGAGAGAGAGAGAGAGAGAGAGAGAGAGAGAGAGAGAGAGAGAGAGAGAGAAAACAUGGUAAAGGAAGGACUUGAAACCCUUUUUUAUCCAGAUUGUAAAUGUAUCUCAAAUAAGUCAGACAGAUGAGGGGCAGUAAACUGUACCAAAUACUGUCCAAAUUGCAUGCCUGUAUUUGGGGACUGAGCCUUUGACAUAUCCAUGUGGUUCAAAGGAAGAUUUUAAUAAAGAAGGGAAAUGUCAAAAGGAGUGUUGUGGACUAACUGACUUAUGCCUAUGGAAUUUGAUGGUAAAACUCAUGAACUUAUUGUUAUUAUUGUUUGUUUUUAUUUGAAAACCUGGAAGGGAGUGAAAAAAUUCCAGGUAUGGAAUCUGGAGAUUAUCUGCACAUCUUGGGAGCAAAGAAAAGAGAAGAAAAAAGAAAUGGUGGCUAAAACUGUAGAAGAAUCUCAAAAGAGAUCCAGCCUCCAGCUCAUAGACUAGAGAAGAAUUUGUGUUUUAAGUUUAGAUUUCACUUUGUGAUGUAUAUGAAAUACCUUUGAGGCAUUAUGACAUUAUAUACCAUGUAUCUGUAUUAACUUUGGAAUGUACUUUGUUCAAUGUUUAAUGCUGUAGUUGACGUGUUUUCAAAGCUGCUUUUUUUUUUUUUUUGGUAUGUGCAUCUCAGCAUUUAAAAAUUUUUUUAUUUAGUUAUGGUCUCUACACUAUUUGUUAGAAAAGAUGAGGAUUUUCCAUUUGAAGUUUUGUAUUUUGACUCUCCAGACACUCUUAACAACACCUCUUGUAGCCUUUGGACCUUGGACAGCUAAAGGAGAGGGAAAUGUAGCUUUUGAGGGCGUUCAUCUCAACGUGAUUAUAUACCUUUGCUUUGAAACAGAAAUGUUGAAACAAAGCAAAAUGACAUUUGCUGUGGUCCCCCUGACCUUAUUCCUUGCAGGUUUACUUGACCUGGGCAGUUCUGAGUUUAAUAACUCGAGUUAUUUGAGACAAUGUGCACAUUUAGCUAUAACCAUGGAGUCUAUUUGGAUGAAAAUCAUUUUCCAGGGCCUUAUAGCAAUUAAGAAUCUGGCCCUGUUUGACUUUUACAGUUGCAUCAAAAUGGCCCGUUUAAAUAGAGGUACCAAGUAAAGCCAUAGGAGCUGAUUUAAAUGGUCCAUUUUUCAUGAGAGUUAGUAGCACUUAUGGGUUCACACAGAACAGAAUAGACUUGUAGAGUGGAAAAUGGUAUGAAUUAUAAGUCACUACUCAGAACCAAAUCAGUGAAGCAGAUUAAAUGAUUUUUUUGGUUUGAAUUUUGAAAUGUUUUAUUAUUUUAUGAAAGGUUUACAUUAUCAAAAGUGGCAGAUAUUGAACCAAAAGCCCCGUGCUGCUACGCGACAAGAUCACCUGCAUGGAGUUGGUCUUAUAGUUCACUCCAAGUGUCAAGAUUCUCCACGCUGCUUUAAAAGUAAUAUGAAGUACCUUAUGGACAUUUAGAAGAUACAGUCUGAUUGGUGUUUGGUUGUCUUUGUGGUUGUUGGUGUUAUAGUCCUUAAAAAAAGAAACAACCUGGGAUUCCCAGUAUAUUAGUAAAGUGUAUAUAUAUUAAAAAAAAAAAGUCAUGGUGGUUGAAGUUUUUUGGUUUUCUCUUGCUGUUGGGGAUCUCGUUUUCUGAUCAUCCCCAUGAAAAACUUUUGCCACCUGACUCUAGAAUUGUACAGUAUUUCCAUGCCUGCACUUGCUCAGAGACUAGUUGAUGAUUAAUGCAUUUCUUAUUGUUAAACGUACUAGAAAUGAUGAAUGUAUAUAAAAGUCUGAACUAAUCAAAUCUUUUUCUCCCUCUUCUUGCCCGAUGUAUUGUUCUCUAUCUCUAUUAUUUUGGGCAUACCCUCACUGAAUCUUUUACACCUGAUUUUUAUGUCAUACACAUACACACACACACACACACACAUACACACACACACACACACCUCACAGUGAGUGUUGGCUAAUAGCCAUUUCUCCAUCCUUGACUUAAAGUGAUUCAUAUAUUGGCUAGGGCACACAUAUAAAAGACACACAUUUUCAACUGGGGCCAUUGGCAUUAAGAAAAAGCUAUGAGGUGAAGAGCACUUCAUUGUCGUCAUGAAUAAAUAAACCCUUACUUCCUAAAGGCUUUGAAAACCUUUCAUAUAAAAAAGGAUCACUUCUACACUAAAGAAUCUUUAGUGUAGAGGAAGAAAAAUGCUAUGUUGGGUAGUCAAUCAAGUUCUACCAGCCAAAAUAUUCAUAAAGAGCAGAAAUUAUUUUUAGACUCUCUUUGUGGAAAGUAAAGUUCAGAAAUGUAUCAAGUACCCAGAUAAUUCUGGUCAAAACAAAACAAACCAACCAAACAAUAAGAGUAUACGCUCAAGUCUCCAUUUCACCUUGUAAGUUUCAGACAUGCCUGCUCAUUUAGAAAUGGCUUUUAAUCACGCAGUCAUCAAGCGUUAAUAUUGAGUGUUUUCUCCGUUCAUUGCACUAGAUACGAUGAUUAUAAAAUCAAAAAGGACUAAGAAUCAUGUUUAAAAGUGAAGAAUCAGGGCCUUCCCAACAACAUGACAUCAAGGAUUGACUAAAUUUUGAAGAGGCCAGGAAUGCUUUAUUUGCAUUGAAACAAAUAAUUAAGAACCUCCACCUUAAACUCCAAUUAUAACCUACUGAGUCCUUUAAAGGUUGUGGCUAUGGUUACCAUUUCUUAUCACUAACAUUGAAUGAUUUACAUGGGCUGUGUGAAAGACAGAGGAAGGCCCUUGGAAAACAAAUGGUUAUAAGGACAUCAGGGAACAUAGUUGAAACUUUGAUUCCAGUUCUAUCCUUUAGUGUCUUAGGCAACAGGAGAUGAAUGUGGUUACUGACAUGAAAAACAACAACAACAACAACAAAAAUAUGGACACCGGUCUCAAGUUCAAGUCCAUGUAGAGUCUAAUCAGAUUCUUCUUGUUACUUUAAAUUGUAUGUGUUUUUAGGAGUUCUUAUUGUAAUAAUGUGUCUGGGGAAAUUAAUAAUAAUAUACCAGAACAUUUCCUAAAAUCAAAUCAAUCUUUUCUUUGUUGAAGCAGUUGGGGUUAAGUGACUUGCCCAAGGUCACACAGCUAGUAAAUGUCAAGUGUCUGAGGCCAGAUUUGAACUCAGGUCCUCCUGACUCCAAGGUUGGAGCUCUAUCCACUGCGCCACCUAGCUGCCCCCAAAUCAAAUCAAUCUUAACAGAUGACUUACAGGAUGAAUGGACCUGACUAAUGCACGGUAAAGUAAAUGUGGAAAAAUUGAAAUAGAGCCUUUAUUAGUGCUAAACAUAAUAUCAUGUGAUAAUGACCCAGUGUAAUAAGUGAAUGUAUAGCAUCUAAGAACAUUUUAUCACCCUCAUGCAUAUACAGCUCUACUGGUACCAGUGGACCUUGAAGUCCAUUUCAGUAUGAUAGUUUGAUGAUCAAAACAACUCCCUUGAAAGUUGCCAUUCUGGAUACAAAUUGGCAUUCCAGAUAUGUGUGAUAGGUAUUUAAACAGUCACGUGUUUGAACUAGUGGCAUAGUCAUUGACACAAUCUACAUUACAGCAGAGAUAUUUCUUUUUUCCUCAUUUGCCAUCAUGAUGCUUUCAUAGAGCAUGAUGAUAAUGAUGACAAUGUAAUUAAUGAUUCUUUCUAAUUAAACUGAGUAAAUAAUGAUACCAGUCAGGUAUGCAAGAAAAAAGCAUUCUCUUAUGUCAUCUAGUCCCCUCUUCCAUGGUCACUGAAUGUAUGGGCCCUUACAAUUAAGUAACCUAUCAAAAUAGGAAUUGGACAUUGUAGAUGGUUCAGUAGAAACUCAUUAUUGCUCUCAGAAAAACAACACAAAAGUGUCUGUUCUGCUGCUGGAAGGUCAAUAAUGCCAUCUCUAUAUACAACAGAAAGGACAUUAAUGACUUCUAAGGCUGAAACAGCAACUUGGUAUCCUAGUUACUUGUGUAAAGGUACGGGGAUUGCGACCUUGCAGAUAUAUGGCAGAGAGGCUUUAUUAUAGCAGUGAUUCUUAAGGCUGUGUAACUACAAAUUGACUCUUAUGCAAGUGGACAUUAACUCCGUGUAUUUCCAUUCUUUCCGUGGGAAAAAGUUUAUAGCUAGUUUGCUUGAUGGAAUGUAAUAUGAUCUUCAUUUAUAUUGGCCAAGGUAGCAUUAUGAAAUGGUUGUAGCUGGUCUGAUUUCCUUUGGAGAACUUAAACAGCUAUAUUCAUUACAAUUUUUUGAAGCCUUCAAAACAUCCGGAUACUAUCUGCUUGGAUCCUUUCUCCCCCCUUAAGUUAAACUUUAAACAGAAUUCAACUUUAUGAAGAAUAUUUUGACUUUUAUCUUCCAGGAACUACUCUAAGUUUUCUGUUUUUAACUUUGGAGCUGAGUUUUCAUUAUCACCAGCAUAAUUGUACAUAAAGGAAAUUUUGUUUAUGCAGUACCUUGGAUAUAUAUAUAUAUAUGGGAAGGUAAAGUAGUUUUCCAGUUUGCUACCAUGAAAUACAACGGCAUUGUUUUUGUUAGUUGGGGGGAGGGGAAUCACAUUGCCAUUAAAUUUGUUGUGUCUGUCUGGUUAUUAUUGUGAAAUAAGAAAAAUAAAGUGCACUGUGAGCUAUUGGUUAUA